AUGUCUCAUAUAAUACGUCGUCAUUCAAUGGAACAUUUAGAACUUUAUGAUCUUGAUAAAUUAAAAAUAAAUUAUCAAUUAACAUCACAACUAUCUCCUACAUGUAAAGAUAAUCAUCCUUAUUCAUUAAUUAAUUCAAAACAUGAACAUGAUCAAUUUCUUUGCAAUAUAAAACGUAAUAAAAUUGAUCCAAUCUAUGCUGCUACACCCAUGUUUACAACAAUACCACAAAGAUUAAACGAAGAAAAUUGUCAACAACAAUUAAUUGAUUCAUCUAUUCAUUUAGAAAAUAUUAAAACAUUAUCUUGUCGAUCCUUAAAAUCAACUGAAGAAGAAGGAAAAAAUAAUGAUAAUAAUCAUCAAUUAAAACAUGAUGAUUGUAAAGAAAUUAUUGAGAAAAUAUUCAAUAGACAUUAG